AUGUGAUUUUACAGUGCUCUUGAAUUUUCAGUUAGUGAAUUGGUUAUAGUACAUUAAAAAACUUAAUUCUAAUAUCAUUGUGUUCGUUAUGUGAAGAGGUCUAUUUUGACAUAAUAAUUAAGUUAAUGGAUGAAAUAGUUCUUUUAUUAUUGUUUUAAUAAAGUGGAUUCAAUUUAGCGAGGUUAGAGUGUUGCGGUUUUGUAGGUGUAGGUGCUGGAAUACCAGCACCAACCUAAACAGGAAUGUCAUUCCAUCAGACAUGUCAUUUGUGUAAACAGAAUACGGUAAAAAACGCAUUUAUUCGUUCUGGUUGUAAUAAUGUCUUUCAUAAGAGCUGUAGAGGAAAGAAACAUAGGUGUUUAAACAUAAUGAAUGAUCUUGUCCAAUGUGUCGGUCAUGAUCUGAAUAAAUUCAUGGAUACAAAAAGUACAAAAUCAAGUGAUAGUUUAAGACAAACAAAAAGAAAAAGAACAGAAGAAGCAGAUAAUGAUUUUGAUGAUAAAAUGGAUUUAUUGCUGGAUAGAUUUGAUAGCAUGAAAGCUGAUAAUGAUUUAUUAAAAAGUGAGAUUAAACUGUUAGUAAAAAGUGAGAUUAAACAGUCAGUAAAAAAAGAGUUGGAAGAUUUUAAAAAAGAAAUUGCUGUUAUAGUAACCAAUUCAGUGCGUAAGGAACUAAUGAAAAUGAACCGAAGUACUGUGAAUGUAACAACACCAAGUGUCACCUAUAGUUCAAGGCUUCACUCGUACAUAGGAAAAGUACAGCAAUCACAAUUAGAAAACAUUAUAGUAGAGCCGAAAGAAAAGCAGGAUACGGCAGUAACUGUACAGAAGCUCAAGAAAAGUGUAGAUGUUGGUAAAUUUGGUUUGGGAAUUGACAGAAUAGGAAAGACAAGAAGUGGAAAAGUAAUUAUCGGUUGUAAACAAAAACAAGAUUCAUGUAAACUAGUAGAAGAAUUAAAAAAAAGUAUAGGUCAGGAUUAUAAUAUAAAAAUGAAAGAUAAGAAAAUGCCAAAAAUAAAAAUAAUUGACAUUGAGGAGGACAUUAUUUCUGAAAAAACUGAUGAGGAAAUAAUAAAAAUGAUACAACGGCAAAAUGACAUACCCCUGGAUGAAAACAGUAAAAUGGAUAUAAAAAAGAAAGGAAUUGGAAAGAAAAGAGAUGGAUUAAUUAUUAUGGAAGUUGAUCCUAAAUUACAUAAGUAUUUAGUGGAAAUAAACAGAAUAAAACUAGGUUGGAAUAAAUGCAGAGUCUUAGAUUGUGUGAGUGUAUUAAGGUGUUAUAAGUGCUGGGGUUAUUAUCAUUUUGCGAAAGAUUGUAGAAACGGAAUUAAGUGUAGAAGGUGUGCGGGUGACCAUAAAGAAGAGGAAUGUGACAGUACGGAGAAGAAGUGUGUUAACUGUCAAAAAAUGAAAGACGUUUAUAAAGUAGAUGACAUUGAAGUAAAUCACUGGGCAAAUGACGUUAAUUGUGAAUAUUAUAGAAGAACUAGAAAUAAAGCACAGAAAAAUAUCAAAUAUUUUUCUGAAUAGCAACAAAAAAGAAGUAGAAAUCGCUCAAUGAGUAGUCAAAUGUUUGUGAUAAAUAUUCAGGGCUUAUUACGACAUUUAGAUGAGUUAAAAAUGUUUAUAGUAAACAAGAGACCUGAAAUAGUAUGUAUAACUGAAUCGCAUUUGACAGCUGAUGUGAGUGAACAUGAAUAUGUUAUUGGUAAUUAUACUAAUGUGAAAAUGUUUUCGAAUAAUAAAAGAACAGGAGGUGUAAUGAUAUAUGUGAGAAAGGACAUCAAUUAUGAAAUAAUAAAUAAUGUGGUUGAUCAUGCUAAUGUAGAAGUAAAUAUGUGGAUGUGUAGUAUCAAACUUAAAGGUCUAUUGGAGAAUAUAAUUAUAAGCAAUGUAUAUCAUUCUCCUAACCAAAGCAAUAGUAUGUUUAUAGAAAGAUUAAUAGAAGAAUAUGAAAACUUAGAUCAAAAGGGACAAGUUAUUUUAGUUGGUGACUUUAAUAUAGACGUAGGAAAGGAAUCUCAGUAUUCAAGAAAGCUAAUUAAAGAAAUGAAAAGUGUUGGUCUGAAUCAAUGGGUUAGUGAAUAUACUCGCGUGACAUCUAAUUCUAAAACUAUAAUAGAUUUAGUAUUUUCUCACGAGAAUAUAUGUACGGAAGUUUUAGAAGUGCCAAAGAUUUCGGAUCAUUUUAUUGUGAAAGCGUCAUUACCAAUAGUUAAGAAUAAGAAAAAAAACAAUAAUAAUGAUAGUUGUAUUAAAUUUAAAAGAGACUAUAGUAGAUUUAAUAAUGCUAGCUUAAGUAAAAAUAUCUGUAAUUACUAUAAGAAUUUAUGUACUGAGAAUUUGGAAUAUGAGUGUGGAAGUGUGGAUUUAAAAGUAGGAUUUCUAACAGAGGUUAUUCUUAAUAGUAUUAACACAGUGGCUCCAAUUAAAAAAAUUAUAGUAAAAAACAAAUGGGAAAAUUGUAAGUGGUUCAAAUGUCAUAUUAAAAAGUUAAUAAAUAGUAGGGAUAAUUCUUAUAAAGAAUUUAAAAGUAGAAAUUCUGUCGCAGAAUGGGAAAAGUAUAAAAAAUUAAGAAAUUUAGUUGUGAUUGAAAUAAGAAAAGCCAAAAAGGAGUAUUACGAAAAAUUGGUUGACGGUCAUAAAAACAAUUCUAAAAUUUUAUGGAAAAAGAUGAAAGAUACAAUAGGUAAUAAAAAUCAAGUAGAAAUAAAACUGAAAAUCGUCUUUAGUAAUGAAACAAUCGGGAAUAAUUCGAUUAUUGCUGAAAGAUUCAAUCAUUUUUUUUUGCAAAGCGUUGAAGACAUUGUUAAUAAUAUUGAUAAGAGUAAUCGAGAUGAUAGUAACUUUAGGUAUGAUGGAUUGAUGACAAAAUUUGAUAAUUUAGUAGAGGUUGAUGAAACAGAGUUAGACAAAAUAAUUAAGAAGUUAGAUAAAAACAAAGGUAAAGGGAAUGUAAUAUCUUAUGAUAUAAUUAAGAAAAUAUGGGAUGUUGAUAAGGUAGUUAUUCGAAAGCUUAUAAAUUGUAGUUUAGUCAGCUAAAAUUCCAAAAGAAUGGAAAAACUCAUUAGUCUAUCCAAUACCUAAAGUGAAGGGUACUAAUAAAGCUGAAUAAUACAGACCGGUAAAUACUCUGCCAGAGUUAGAAAAAAUUCUAGAACAAGUAGUGAAAAAUAGAUUAAUUAAGCACCUGGAUAAAAACAAAAUAUUAAAAGAAGAACAGUCUGGUUUUAGAUUACAUCAUUCAAGUGAGACGACUUUGCAAAAGACAAUGUGUGAAUGGAGAGAGGAGAUAGACAAAGGCAAUAUAAUAGGGGUAGUUUUUGUUGAUCUUAAAAGAGCUUUUGAGACCAUAGACAGACAAGUAUUAAUUAAAAGGUUAGAAAUGUAUGGUGUAAGUGUUAAUGCACUGGAAUGGUUUAAAUGCUAUUUGAAUGAGAGAACGCAACAAGUAAAAUUUGGAGAGUCAAUAUCUAGUAAAAAAUCUGUCAACCAUGGUGUUCCGCAAGGAUCUAUUUUGGGUCCUUUGCUCUUUAUUAUAUAUAUAAACACAAUUGUAGAUAUUGUAUAUAAUUAUGGUUGUAAGUGUAAAUUGUUUGCGGAUGAUAAAAUGAUAUAUUUUAGUGCAAAAGAUACAAAAGUUAUCGAAUCAGUAUUGAAUAAAGUAUUAAUAAAUUUAGGAAUAUGGUUAAAUAAUAACUUGCUCAAACCAAAUGUUAAAAAGACUGUUUGUAUGUUAAUUCGAGAUAGAAAAAAAAAAAGAAUAUUGGGAACAUAGAAUUGAGGUUGGAUGGAGAAAAAAUUAGGCAAUGUACAGAAACUAAAUAUUUGGGCAUAGUAAUAGAUGAAUUUUUAAGUUUUACGAAUCAUACUUUUUAUAUUGUUGAAAAAAUUAAUACCAAGAUAAAUUUACUAUACAGGCUAAGUGGUUUUAUUAGUGAUUAUACUAAAGUAAUAAUAUAUAAAUCAAUUAUUGCGCCUCAUUUUGACUAUUGCUCGACUUUGUUAAUAAACAUUAAUGAUGAAUGCAUAAAUAGGUUACAGAAGUGUCAAAACCAAGCCAUGAGAAUUAUAUUAAGAGUGAAUAGAUAUACGCCUAUAGAAUGUAUGUUAGAAACGCUAUGUUUUUUGUCAGUUAAAGACAGACUUAAGUUUAAUGUAUGUGUUUUUAUAUAUAAAAUGUUAAAUAAUAUCUUGCCUGACUAUAUGAAUAGAAUUAUUGUAAAAAGUAAACAUAGGUAUGGUACAAGGAACAAAAACAAACUAUUAGU